CGACCGCCACUGAGGACGGACGAUUGUAGUUUAUUAUAAUGCGAUCGGAAAAAUAAACUAGUUUUGCUUCGGACGGACCGGCUAUUCAGUGCGUUGUGGACAAAAACUGUUGUGAACGUGUUCUUUUUAUCGAUUAAACCGUUCUGUAGCCGUUGACUUUGUGGGAACAAAGGCUUAGUUUUAAGGUGAAUGUACGUUGGAACUCUGAAUAUAAGUUUGAGAAGCAAUUCGAGCGGACGCGGCAAGCUGGCCACCAACCAUGAAUUAGAUAUCGCUGACAACGAUAUCAAACGUAAGCAAUCGCGGUUUCUACCAACGUAGUGCCUAACAACCUAUAAGUAAGUAGGUGAACCUCUCGUGGCCAAGAUAUACAACUUAGAGAGACCAAUGGUUUGAUCGUAAGUUGCGGCUGUUUUCAUUAGCGGAUAUUGUCUAGAACACUCUAAAUGGCGAAGGGAUGCCGGUUUCCUGAAGAUGGCCUCACGCACCCCGUCCCUUGAGUCGCUGCCCGGUGCCAACUCUAUAGGUUCCCUGGAGCGUGGCUCCUUAUCACCCUUGACUUUGAGCGGAUCCUCGCCUCCUGCGAGCGACUCCGCCGUAUGUGAUCUGCGCGAGUUCGACGGCCUCGACACCACCUGCGCAAUCUGCCGAGAGACAUUCGUCGACCCCAAAGUACUCAACUGUUUCCAUACAUUCUGCCGUGGGUGUUUAGAAAGAGAACAAACCCACCCCGACAAAGUUACCUGUGUCACUUGUCGCGUAGACAGUCAACUACCAGCUGCCGGUGUUCCCGGACUGCUGACAAACCUUGUCAUCGCCGCUGCUGUAGAGCAGGACGCAGACCUCCUCCCUACUGCGCGCCAGACAAGCUCACCUUCAGCCCGCUGCACCGGCUGCAAGUCCAAGGAAUCUGACGCCGUCGCGCGCUGUGUUGACUGCGCAAACUUCCUCUGCCCAAACUGCGUCAUGGCACACCAAUUCAUGCACUGCUUUGAAGGCCACCGUGUGCUUGCCUUCACAGACUUAAAAGACGAUAAAGGUAUGCUUGCCUCUACGCUCACCGCCAGUGGGGAUAAAACCUCCUUUUGCCCCAGACACAAAAACGACAUCCUCAAAUACUUCUGUCGCACAUGUUCCGUGCCAGUAUGCAAAGAGUGUACAAUUAUUGAGCAUCCUGCUGCUUUGCACGACUGCGAACACUUAUCAGACGCCGGCCCUAAACAACUGGAACUAAUGCAACAGGCGGUCAACGAAGCUAAAACGCGUGCUACGGAAAUAAGGCACGUCGUUAAAACGGUAGAGCAUUCCGCGGGCAAAUUGCAAGUGCAAUACCACAAAGCUCAAAAUGAAAUAAAUGACACGUUCCAAUUCUAUCGCUCUAUGCUAGAAGAACGUAAACAAGAGUUACUUAAAGAGCUCGAAAGUGUGUUCUCAACGAAACAAAUUGCCCUUACCGUGGUCGGGCAGAAGGCUCAAGAAACGGUUGACAAAAUAUACCAGACGUGUGACUUCGUCGAUAGAUUGACAAAAUGUGCAAACAUUGCCGAGAUCUUGAUGUUUAGAAAAUUACUAGACACAAAAUUACAAUCUUUAAUGAGCACUAAUCCAGAACAGAGCGUUCAAACUGCGUGUGAACUCGAAUUUGUGUCAAACUAUCAAGCGAUACAAGUCGGUGUUAGAAACACGUUCGGAUAUGUGCGCUCGAGCUCUGAAGCGAACAUCGGUCCCACUAAACAACCGCCUAUUGCUCGUCCAACAAAUGGCUCUCUUCUGAACGGAGGUUCAUCUUCAAGUAGCAGCAGCGUAAAUGGAAGUUCUGGGAGUCUUAAUGGCGGAAUUCAUCUUCCCACAGGACUUAAUGGCGUACUAGAUCGCCCAUAUACUAACGGAUUACUUGGUCCAGUGAGCCAAUCAACAUCUCCAUUCGAUUCGAACAUUAUAUCGAAGAGAUUUAAUAAUCCAAGUACCCUCGGACCGUUUUCGACAGCCAUUGGAGACAUUAAUUUAAAUGGAAUAAACCCUUACGAGAAAUGGUCAAACGGUGGAUGCGACUCACUUUUCCCACCAACAACCGCAGAUCCAUACCUACUCACGAGUUCUGCACAUACUGACCCCAUCCUUGACUUGACAAACAAGCUGAUCUCCACAGCUAUUUUUCCUCCAAAAUCUCAAAUAAAACGACAAAAGAUGAUUUAUCAUUGCAAAUUUGGUGAAUUCGGUGUUAUGGAGGGUCAGUUUACUGAACCCAGCGGAGUGGCUGUUAAUGCUCAAAACGAUAUCAUCGUUGCCGAUACAAAUAAUCACAGAAUACAGAUAUUCGACAAGGAAGGGCGUUUUAAAUUUCAAUUCGGCGAAUGUGGAAAACGCGAUGGUCAGCUCUUAUAUCCAAACAGAGUAGCCGUAGUGCGCACUUCAGGUGACAUCAUAGUGACGGAAAGAUCACCGACACACCAGAUCCAAAUUUACAACCAGUACGGUCAAUUUGUAAGGAAAUUCGGAGCAAACAUUCUCCAACAUCCACGUGGAGUCACAGUUGAUAACAAAGGGCGAAUCGUCGUUGUGGAAUGCAAAGUAAUGCGCGUCAUAAUUUUCGACCAGGUCGGUAACGUUUUACAGAAAUUCGGCUGUUCCAAACACCUCGAGUUCCCUAACGGAGUCGUGGUCAACGAUAAACAGGAGAUAUUCAUUAGUGACAACCGUGCACACUGUGUCAAAGUUUUCAACUACGAGGGUAUAUAUUUACGCCAGAUUGGGGGUGAAGGCGUGACCAACUACCCAAUUGGCGUCGGAAUAAACGCCGCUGGAGAUAUCCUCAUCGCUGAUAAUCAUAACAACUUUAAUCUGACAAUAUUCACGCAAGACGGCCAGCUGGUGUCAGCGCUAGAGAGCAAGGUGAAACACGCGCAAUGCUUUGACGUGGCAUUGAUGGACGACGGCUCAGUCGUGCUCGCCAGCAAGGACUACAGACUCUACAUCUAUCGCUACGUGCAAGUACCGCCUAUUGGCAUGUGAGCCUCCCGUGGGGACCACAGGAGAUCGGAAUGACCGACCUACUAGCCAAAAAUCGACACUCAAAAACGUAAAUAACUCACUAAAACGAUAUAAUAUUCUAACCGUUAGUGUCAAUUUGGAAUUAGUUGAAGUGAUGAUUCGAUGACAAACGGAACAAUAUGGUUUUGUGCGAGUGGUACAAUGAUUGCGGCUGUCUCGAAGUGAUCAACUAAAUCUACGAGAAUCUAUCGUGUUACAGCGCGAAAUCAGAAUACAUAAUGUCUUAACGAAACUGUAAUGAGAUUAGCUGUAGUAUUGACACUGUUAUAUGAGUACCUAUUUGAAGAGUAGAGAUUAUUCCGUUGGCUCGUUCCAGUAAAGCGAAAGGUUCUCGACCCUUAUAAUUUUUUGAUCUAUUGAAUAAUAUUUUUUCAUAUCCCACAUCGUUAAAUUAGGGAUGAAUAUUAAGGGCGUUUGUAUUAUUUAGCCCAUUUGUUGGACCAAUAUUUUAACUAUUAUUACUUAAAAAUUGUUAGGCGUUAAGCGUGUGAUUUUAUUGUAAUAAGAGAGCAUCGAGCGGUAUUGUUGUUAGUUUUAAGUAUAUUCUUCGGCACAACGGCACUUCCUGUUUUUAAUUAGCACUUAUUCUGUGUCGAUGGAAACAUGAUUAUGAAACUAAGUAAGAAGUUGUUACAUUAUUAUUAGGUAAGUGUUAAAUUGAUUGAGCUAAUAUGGACAAUCUUAAGUUACUACCCCUUUUGUAGUUGCAAAAUUUUUAGGGAAACGUGAUGUUAGGGGUUUUAUCAAUGACAAAGUUAACUGCGGCGUUCCUUAGGCAUACGCAACGAUAUCUCUUUUAGAAGAUACUGAAGAAUUAUCGUAGAGAUCGUAAAAAGAAUUACAUUCAGCAUCACAGGGUCGCGAGUGAUUGGAAAUGUUUUAUAAACCUCAAUCUGAUUCCGAAAGUUGUAAGUUACGCCGGUCUUUUGACAAAGAUAAACUUGAGUAUUAUAAAGCAUUUUAGACUAACUAAUAGCGAUGAUUGUAGUUUUAUUCUUGGAUUAUCGAAUAAUAGGGUAGUUUCCUAUGUUUGAUUUUGCACAUUAUUUUAUACGUAAUAGCAAAUACCAUUCAAAAGGAACCUUUCCACGAAACAAGUAUCUUUGGUUGUAGAAUGAGGCAGCAGUUAAUAUUUCAAAUAUAGGAUGUUGAAGAGCGAAAAGGAAACAUUUAGCUGUCUGUCUUGCAUGCAAGUACAUUACAUAAAGUGUGAAAUAACAUCUUAGGUCAAGCAUCCUCUUUCUGUAGUUAGACAACUACCCUUACCAAAAGAUUGAAAAAGCUUCGAACUUAUUUAUUUAAAAAUUUCUUUUAUUUUGGGUAUAAUAUUUUGGGUAAGUUUUUUUAUAAAAGAAUCGAGCCAACUACCCUAUUGUUGGAAAAUAGAUUCCAGUAUCUCGACCGAUGACGUCAUUACCGCCUAGUCACUGAGAGCCCACGGAUCCAUUAAUUCCUCAAUUUCGUUGUUUUAUUUUAACAAUUAGUAACUUUUGGUUGAUAAUAAUAAUUAAUUGUUCGUUUUUAUACAAAUCUUAAGUAAGUAUUUGAAUGUUUUUUUACUAGUAAUUGGACACAGUAGUAACUAGCAGAGCACUUUAAGCAAAUGGUCGUCUCGCUAGACUUUUUAUUACUGAUAUUUUUUUCUGAGAUUUUAAGACAUUAGAGCACCAUACGUUUGCGCUGUUAGCGUUUUGCUACUUAUUUAGAGUAUUAUAGCUUGCUCGGUAUACAAAAUAAUUAUACAAUUUGUUAUUCUGGUAAGAUAUUUUUAUAUGGAAACAACUUUAUUUUUGUAGCUGUAGUAUUUACGGUGCAUGUGUAACGUUUACUUUCUUUGUAUUUUAUGAAUAUGCUAUUAUUAUUUUUUUAAUUACAUUACAGUGUGUUUGAGUGUGUUAGCAGAAUUAUUUUAGUUUGAUUUCAUUAGUUUUGAUUUUUUUUAGUGAAUAAUUAUUUUAGUAUUUUUUUUAUUUGCUGAAUCUAUGACAACAAAGAGAUCUGAUGCGAUCCAUGCACCCGGGAUCGGUGAGAUCCCUUCUUAAUUAUUGAUCUGCAUAAGUUUAUCUUUUAGUUUAUGCGUUACAAUUUGGUGAUAUUCCUAUGCUCUUAAUAAAUUAUCUCAUUUUUUUAUAUAUUUAUAUCAAGAGUGAAUUGAAGCCACGUCCGGAACGGUACCAACUGUUAGCGCCAUUUGUUCGUUUGCAAUACCUGCGUAACAUGUGCCAUAAAACCAUGUUGUGAUUUAAUAAGUGAUAUUUAGUGUUGUUUGUAAAUAUGUACCAUAAUCUCCUGAUUUAUUAAAUUUAAUCAUAAGUUAAUCCACCUGAUACUCUUCGAAGAUUUCACCGUUUGUGAUUGUUAGUGCAAGCUAAUUUCCGAUAACAUUGCAAUGAAUUUUAUCUAAUGACCAAUGAAUUUAUUGUUACUCUGUUUUUGUUGACUCGGUAUGAAUUACAAUAGCGUCCUAUAUGUUUAGUUGCUGAUUACUUGCGCUAACCAUUCAACGUUUAGGCGUAACUCUCUUGAUGAUUUUAUUUACUUUUGCAUUUUGCAACCUACGGUGCUUCAGACUGCUCAACGUACAGACGUGGCUUCGAUUGCUAGUUUAUUGAUCAGUACAACCAUUAGAUUAGGUGAAGUAGAAACUAUUGUCCAGUCCCUAGUAUCCAAAUUUCAGUGAUGAAUCGCCAAUGAUUUUAUGUAUAGACUGCCCUGUUCCUAGUAAAUUAUUGUCUCUCGUAAUAUCGGAUAAAAUGUUGUAUUUCACUUAAUCUACUGUGAUAAUAAAGUAAAUUGUUUGUAAGCUGUUUAAUAAUUGGUUUUUUUUUGCAAUCGCAAUGUCUGCUUCACUUCAGAUUGUUUGGGCAAAGGUAGCACUUAAAUUCGCUUUACGGAAGUGUUAGCGAGUUUAAGAAUUUUAUCACAACAUUCGAUGUUAGUAGCUACAUCGCCCUCAGAAUCUGAUGUUACGCUGGAAAAUCUGGGGCUGAUUACUUAGAAUUUACAACCCAAAAUUUCAUUCGUUGAAAACUGCAACCGUCUGAUUUCAACAAAUGGUUUAAUUUUGGUCAAAACAUACGCUUUUACUUAACUGAAAACUUUCAACGUAUUAUAUUUAUAUUAAGUACAUAUAAUAUAGUGUAUCGAAAUUCUAUGUAAGGAUGUGCAAAUUAUGACAACUACUCCGUUCGUUUUUUAUUACCUGUAAUCCAAUUUAUUUUGUUUUUAUCAAUUACAGUAAUUAUUAGUUACUGUACACCUGUAAUGGUGACAGGUUUUCUGUAAAUUUUUGUUCGGUUUUAUUCAUCUUUUUGCAUAAUAUAAUAAGUAGUAUUUUUUAUAUUAUGAAACAAUUCAUUCUUAAAAUUGCAUUUCUAAAGCUCGAGGACUGAUUAAAAUUGAAACAUGUUUUGUCUUUAAAUAUAUUUUGUCGAUGUUUGUUGUUAUAAUUAUUAUAUUUUUUUAAUUAUUUGUAU